GGGCGGCCGUAUUCUGCCCAUCGCUGAGACGGGGACGGGGGUAACACCGCUGCCGACCCCCCCAACACCAACACUGCCACGUGAGUGACACCGGGGUCUGCUCCCCACGUUGGGCUGCGCACAGCCUCCCCCCAAUGGCGUGGGCUCUGUCCCUGCCCCAUGCUGGCUGCUGGGUCCUAAUGCAAAAAGGGAGCGUGCCCUGGAGUGACGCAGUGCCUCUGCUUCCCCCCCGGGACCACCCUCUCCAUCCAGACCUCUGCACCCACCCAGUUCCAUCUGGGUUCCUCACCUCCAUCCAGACCCCCUCUGUAGCUGUUCCAGGUGCAGGACAGCAGCAGAGCCCCCAGAAUGCUGCAAUUCACCCCAAAUCCUCCCCCUCCUCCCCCCCCCCCCCUUCAGCUCUGCAGCCCAGGUCAGGCUCAGGACCCCCACGGGGUCAGGGUGGUACAGAUGGGGGGAUGUUGGCUCGGGGGGUCCCCACACUUCAGCAUUUCUCAACCACAGAGACAGGAAGCGCGGAAAGUGGAAACGGAGGGAGCAGGAUAAUAAUUAGCCCCAAAUUAGGGUUGGAAUCUGGGAUAAAGAGUCCGGCACCACCCAGCACUUGUGAAAACACCACAGCCCAGCACCCAGCAGCCCCCCCCCGCAUCAGGGACAGCCCUGACUGCCCCGGUUUGGGGGCUCAGCAUCGCUAUGGGGGGGAAAGGGGGACACCCAGGGAUGGGGAGGAGCAGCAGGCAGGGCAGGGCGGCGCGGAUGCUGGGCCGUAAUGAGAGCCAGGAUUAUCAGCACGGCUGGGAAUCUGGUUUCUUUGGCCAUACCGUUGCUGAGGCAACCUUCGGGCAAGGAUUGUGGGGCUUUUUUAAUGGGACAAGGGCCUUUCUGUGCGCAGGGAGAGGGGGGCCCACGCUGCGUUACCCGAUAGCCCCCGCCAGUUCCCCCCCCCCCAGGCUCUGAGGACACCGGAUACCCGCACACAUCGGCCGCUGAGGAGGGACGGGGUCGGAUCCAUCCCGCAGCGCAGUGCUGACAGAUGGGGGAUGCCCAAUGGGGUCACACUCGGGGUCACGGUCUGACCCAGAGUCGGCCCCACCGCCCACCCCAUCCCCAGCAUCCCACUGCUGCUCGGCCCACAGGGCCACAGCAGUGGCAAAAAGGGAUGCGCGAGGUUACGGGGGAGACACAGAGCACCCCAAAGUACCCCAUAAGCAGCGGCAGGGCUGGAAGUGCUCCUCCAAGUGUGGGGUGAGCAGUGGAGCCAGAGGGGCAACCCCAUAUCCCAACCCCGGCGAAGGCAGCGUGGGGCGUCCCAGCGGUGCCAGCCCGGCUGUCCAGCCCCGGUAUCGGAUCCUCCCGGAGGGAGGGGGCCUGGAGCUUAUUUAACAUCCCUGGGCAGCCCAGCCCAGCACUUGGCGCAGCGGGGAGCUCAGAGGGUGCCUCCCGCAGCCGCAGCCAUGGCGUCGCAGCUGGAAGGGGCCAUGGAGACGCUCAUCAACGUCUUCCACCACUACUCGGGCAAAGAGGGGGACAAAUACAAGCUGAGCAAGAAGGAGCUGAAGGAGCUGCUGCAGAGCGAGCUGGGCUGCUUCCUGGAGACCCAGAAGGACACGGGGGCCGUGGAGAAGAUCAUGCAGGACCUGGAUGAGAAUGGAGACGGGGAGGUGGACUUCCAGGAGUACGUGGUUCUGGUGGCUGCCCUCACCGUGGCCUGCAACACCUUCUUCUGGGAGAACGCCUGAGCCGGGCUCCAGCCCCACAGCACCCAACCGUGGCACCCCCAAAAGCAGAGCCCCCCCACACCCCCUGCUCACCCCCCGCUCCCCGUGCACCCGGCGGUCCCGCACGGACCCAGCUCCACAAUAAAGGCAUCGACCCCACCAGCA